AUGCUGCCCAGGGCUCCGGUUCGCGGCCGGCUCGCAGAGGAUAGUGAAGAUGUCGACGCGGCCGUCCAACAGGCAGGACUGGAACUUUACACCAACGCGCUGGACCUGGCGUCCGACUUUGGAACGUACAUUUCCUCUCUGGGCCGGACGCGCCAGCGCCUCCUCGCCGCGGUGCACUCGCGCCAACUGGCUUUCGUGGCUGGGCGCGAGUCCGAAACUGCCGCCGGCGCGGCCCUUUACCGAUCCUUCUUUGAGGAGCGGCGGGAGCAGCUGGAGCAAUGUGUUCUUCGGGCUCGCUAG